CUCUCUCUCUCUCUCUCUCUCUCUCUCUUUGUCUUUCAUAUUUCUCAGGCAUGGCUAGGUCUCAGCCUCUAGCUUCCACCAUGUUCGUCCUCCUUCUCCUUCUCGUCGCCACUGAGAUGGGGCCGAUGAUGGCAGAAGCGAGGACGUGCGAGUCUCAGAGCCACCGCUUCAGGGGAGCCUGUGUCAGCAAAUCUAACUGCGCCAACGUUUGUCGGACUGAGGGAUUCCCCGGCGGCCACUGCCGCGGCUUCCGACGACGCUGCUUCUGCACCCGACCUUGUUGAUCCGUCAACUUUAAUUUCACUCUCAAGUUGCGCCGUUCGUGCAUGUUUGAGAAUAAUGCUUUUGAGUCUUUCUGAGAUGCUUCAUUUGCUUUGUCUGUGUCUUUAAUUUCUGUGUGUUAGAGGUUCUCAUUUUCCUGGGUUUAGGUGAAGAAAGAAUGGCUCGUGGUGUGAAAGUGAUCAAGCAAUAAACCGACUCUUUCAUUGAUUUGCUUUC